GCACAUAAUUUAAGCAAUCCAAAAAAAGGAGGGAUUCACCGGCCGGCGAUUUGAACUCAACCAAGUGUUUGUGUAAAAGCGAGAGAGACAGAGGGCAAAAGGGACUCCGGCGAGUCCUACAAAGAAAUGAGGUUUAAUUUCGAUAUACCAGAACCUAGCAGUAAAGAAGCCCUAACACCACCGCCACAGUCACGGUCGCUAACACCACCGUCACAGUCACGGUCGCCGUCAUCGGCUACUCCGGCAAACGAAGAGGUCGAAUGGGUUCCUCUUCAGAACCACCCCAUUUUCUCCAACGACACAGCCGCUCAUUCAUCGAAUGAUGUCCCAAAGAAACGGAAUCUCAUGGCUUGGGAUGGAGCUUCUCGCCUCUACUACUGGGACAUAAAUACACAAUCCCUACAUCGAAUUUCGCUUCGAUUCGGUGAACCUGAACCCACUUCCGUCCUCGCUGCUUCCCCUACCAAGGUGAUGCGAGCAGAUGUUGAGCUCAAUUUCACAGUGGACAGAAUUACCAUCAAUAGACAUGGAUCAGCUUUACUCUUAGAGGGAUCAGAUGGCAUACGAGUUAUGUACCUUUAUGGAAGUACUUCAUCAAAAGACAGUGCUGUUAUUUGCAGGACAGUCUCUGUUGGAUCAGAUGUCUACUUCAACACGAAUAAUGCCAUAAGGACUCUAAAAGUUUUAUGGCAUCCUUAUAGCGACACUCAUCUUGGAAUUCUAUCUUCUGAUUCAGUUUUCAGGCUUUAUGAUUUGUCUGUGGCUCUUGAACAACCAGAACAAGAAUAUUAUUUACAGCCAGUUGAACGUGGUAGAUCAAGGAAUGCUUCAUCAAUAUGCCCUGUUGACUUUUCUUUUGGUGGUGAUCACUUGUGGGACCGAUUUAGUGUCUUUAUUUUAUUUAGUGAUGGUUCAGUUUACAUCUUAUGUCCAGUUGUUCCUUUCGGGAGUGUGUACAAAUGGGAGUCUGUAUUGGAGAUAUAUAAUGAUGCUCAAACAUUUGGACUCAAAGCCAGUAGCUCUAAAGCUGUUAGUAAUGCCAACCUGGCAAUUUCUUGGUUAGAAGCUACAUUUCCUGAUUUGGCUGAACAAGCAGCUGAAGGUGGGAAUCAACUUGCACUAAAAUCUCAUCCUUACGCCUUAUUUGAUUCAUCUGUUUCCUUACAGGGCCCUCUUCAUAAAGUUUACCAUGGCAAGGAAGAGGAUCUCUCUGAAUUGAAGGUUUCAGAGUGUGAGGGGAGAGCAGUUAGUUUUCUUUACAAAGCAGUUAGCAAAGAUUCAGUUCUUGUUACAGCUUUUAGUAGUGGACAGUUACAAAUAGAUGCAUUAGCCGAUGAAAUACAGCCCGUUUGGACACCUGGCAACCAGCCUCGUCUAUCUGUCAAUUCUCAAGACCGAAUAAUUGGUGUUGCCAUGAUAUGUGAAACACAUUCAAAUGAGCUCUCUGUUGAUCAUGAUAUUUGGUUAGGACAUUCACCACCCUUGUUGAAAUUGGGAACUGUGGAUUUAGCAUUACCUGGAAAACCGGAAUCAGGUUCCUUAAUUUCAUCGUUUGUUGAUCCGCUUAUACCUGAGAGAAUAUAUUCGGUUCAUGAUGGAGGUGUGGAUUCGAUAGUGUUGCAUUUUCUUCCUUUUACAAAUCAGAAAAACGGGAUAGAUGAUGACAUCAGAGCUCCUACUGUGCAAUCGGUUUUGAGCACUUGCCAGGUGGAAUCCUCGGUGUCAGCUCUUUGUGGUUUUGUGGCAUUGUCUGACUCGUUUGGAUGUUCUUGGAUUGUGGGACUCACCUCUGGUUUUGAAUGCAUUGUGAUUGGAAUGGAAAGUUGGAAUCUUUUGCUUCCUGCUCGUAUUGAUAAAGAGAAGAAAUUUGGAAAUGGAAACUUGGAAGAGACUGGGGAUGCUACUAUUAUAAGUAAAGAAUUACUCACGGGUCCAAAGGUUGUUAUUGUGCCUCCAACCUCACAGAAUCCUGUUGCUGCUGAUUCCAUUGAAGGGAGAUCUACUCUUCAUCAGUAUUUCAAACUUUUUCAUGAGAACUAUGUGGAGUAUGCACAUAAGGUUUACUUUGAGCUUAAACACCAUGGGCCUCAACUGAAGAAAAUCAUUGAUGACCAACAUGCGCGUUUACGUGAGGCACAACAGAAGCUAGCAAAGGUUGAAGAGAAACAAGAAAAGUUGGAGAAGCGAAUAGAUCAUGUAAUUCAGACUCAUGAUCACUUGGAAGAAUGGUUGUUAAACCUAAAAAACCUACCAGGGAUUCACAAGAAACCAUUAUCAAAAGCAGAACGAGAGUUCAAGAUGGAGCUUGAUAGAUUUAGAGGGUUGGAAUUGGAUGCAUUGCACACAACCAUAGAAGCUAUAAAUGGUCGGAUACAAAGAUACUCAUCUUCUCCACAAACCAAAAAACCCAACCAAAGAAGGCAAAUUGCAGGAAGGAGGAAAGGGAAUGCUGAAGAUGAUGAAAUCUCUCACCUCAAGUCCUCCAUUGCAAAACUUUCCAUUGUCAACAAUGAGAACACGAAAAAAGUCAAACUUGUGGAUUCGGCUUUGAAAAACCGCGAAAGUAACCUUUAACUUUGAGGAAGAUAAUGUGUUUGAAAUCAAGAAUUUUGUUAUUAGUAGAUUUGAAAUGAUUGUGAAACUCUUGGUUUCAAAGCCUCCAUCCAAAUCUAACCUUUCAACCAUCACUACUGAAUGGUAUGGUUGUAAAUGAACCGAAUGUUUCGUG